UCCUGCCGGGAAGGGAGCGGCGCGGCUCGGCCUCGCAGCCUGAGCGGCGGCAGCGCCGCCAUGUCCGGGGGCAGCAGCGCCGGCGAGUGGUGCCUCAUGGAGAGCGACCCGGGCGUCUUCACCGAGCUCAUCAAGGGCUUCGGCUGCAGAGGAGCACAAGUUGAAGAAAUAUGGAGUUUGGAGCCAGAGAACUUUGAAAAAUUGAAGCCAGUACAUGGGCUGAUUUUUCUCUUCAAGUGGCAGCCUGGAGAGGAGCCAGCGGGUUCUGUUGUCCAGGAUUCCAGACUGGAUACAAUAUUUUUUGCUAAGCAGGUCAUAAAUAAUGCCUGUGCAACUCAAGCCAUAGUAAGUGUGCUGUUAAACUGUGCUCAUCAAGACAUUCAUCUAGGAGAGACCUUGUCAGAAUUUAAAGAAUUUUCCCAAAGCUUUGAUGCUGCAAUGAAAGGUUUGGCACUGAGCAACUCAGAGGUGAUUCGGCAAGUUCACAACAGUUUUGCCAGACAACAGAUGUUUGAGUUUGAUGCAAAGUCUUCAGCAAAGGAAGAAGAUGCCUUUCACUUUGUAAGCUACGUUCCUGUUAAUGGGAGGCUAUAUGAGCUAGAUGGCUUAAGGGAAGGACCAAUUGAUUUAGGUGCAUGCCAUCAGGAUGACUGGAUAAGUGCAGUGCGGCCCGUCAUAGAGAAGCGCAUACAAAAAUACAGUGAAGGUGAGAUAAGGUUUAACCUGAUGGCUAUUGUGUCUGACAGGAAGAUGAUAUAUGAGCAGAGGAUUGCAGAGCUACAGCAGCAACUGGCAGAGGAGGAGCCUAUGGAUACAGAUCAAAGUAGUAAUAUGUUAAGUUCUAUACAAUCAGAAGUUGCAAAAUACCAGAUGUUAAUUGAAGAAGAGAACCAAAAAUUAAAAAGAUAUAAGAUUGAAAAUAUUAGAAGAAAACAUAACUACCUGCCUUUCAUCAUGGAAUUGUUAAAGACUCUAGCAGAGCACCAGCAGUUAAUACCCUUAGUAGAAAAAGCGAAAGAAAAACAGAAUGCCAAGAAAGCUCAGGAGGCCAAAUGAAGAUGACUUUGCAAAACACAUACAGUUACUUGCUUCUGAUAUUAUUUUCAUGACAACAAAUAAAGCUUUUCAUAAACUUCA